AUGGAGCUUCUUGGAUCUCCAGGAUGGUCCUGGCUCGAUUUCUGGGAGCAUGCUUCUAAGGAAGAUUGGGCAGCGCACCACCCAGUGUUGAGUUUGGAUGAAGAGCAGCGAUGCAAGGCAGUGGCCGUCACAUUGCAUGGUGACGAGGGCGAGUCGAAGCGCAGCAAAAAUGUGCUAAUCUUGUCUUGGUCCUCGAUAGGGAUCCACGGACCAUCACUGAAGACCAAGUUUCCCUUCUGUGUCAUCAAAUCUGAUCUUUUCGUGACCCAGGAGAAGAAGAAUCUCACAAUGUUGGAGCUCCAGAAAGCUUUUGUCAGGAUGAUGAACGAUUGCAGUCGGUCCACAGUUGACGGAUACUCUCUCUGGUAUGUUUGCGGGAAAGGAGAUUGGAAACACAAGAAGGAUUGGUUGUGCGAGAAGAGGUACUGGAGCACUCAGGGCUCUCAUUCGGCCGGCAUGUGCCGACGAUGUUUUUGCACAGGUGCAUCCUACAUGGAUGUCUUUCAUCAGCCUGGAUGGCAUCAGCCCGGUGAAGAUCCCGUUGAGUCAUCCUUUGACCCAAUACCGUGUCUAGGCUGA